CCACAAACGUGCCACGACAUCGGCUUGUUUAGCGUUCUCUUCACUCGGAUCAUGGCCGCAGCACGUAUCGGUAAACCCGCGCCGGAAUUCACUUGCAAGGCUCUUGUUGAUGGAGAGAUUAAGGACGUUUCUCUUUCUGACUACAAAGGCAAAUAUGUGGUCCUUUUCUUCUAUCCUAUGGAUUUCACUUUUGUCUGUCCAACUGAAAUCAUUGCUUUCAACGACCGUGCUAAAGAGUUCGCUGAGAAGAACUGUCAACUUUUGGCUUGUUCAACAGAUUCAGCUUACUGCCAUCAUGGUUGGAACAACGUGAGCCGAAAGGAUGGUGGUAUCCAAGGCAUGCAGAUCCCCAUGUUAGCCGACACGACUCAAGAAAUCUCUCGCAAUUACGGCGUUCUGAUUGAGGAGCAGGGUAUUGCUCUUCGUGGUCUUUUCAUCAUCGACAAUAAGGGUAUUCUCCGUCAAAUAACGGUCAAUGAUCUGCCUGUUGGUCGCUCAGUCGAUGAAGCUUUAAGACUUCUCGAGGCUUUCCAAUUCACUGACAAGCACGGUGAAGUCUGUCCUGUCAACUGGCGUCCAGGAGAUAAGACCUUCAAACCAACCUCUGGUGACUUGAAGAAAUUUAUGGGAGGUUCUCAUUAA